AUGGCUUCGCUACCUCUAUCUUCCAUUCCUCUCCUUUUCCUGCUUCUAAUUCCCUCUAUAACUGCAGACCCAGAUGCAUUGCAGGAUUUCUGCGUAGCAGACACCAAAUCCUCCACAACUUUCUUCAAUGGCUUGCCUUGCCUGAAUCCCAGUGAGGUCACCGGAAAACAUUUCACAACAUCUGUUCUGAACAAGCCGGCAAAUACUUCAGGCAACCCAUUUCUGUAUGGUGUGACAAUCACAAGCCCACAGGCAUUGCCGGGAAUCAAUACUAUGGGAAUUGCACUAGCUCGUGUAGAUGUGGAAAAGGGUGGUCAGGUGCCUCCUCACACACACCCAAGGGCCGAUGAAUAUGUUUACAUUAUGGAAGGAACAUUUAAUGGGGGAUUUGUGGAUAGCAACAACAAUUAUUAUUCUCAGACUGUGAAGGCUGGCGAUGUGUUUGUGUUUCCCAGGGGGACAAUUCACUUCCUUCAAAACAUUCAUGACGGUCAUGGAUAUAUGUUGGCUGGAUUUAACAGUCAGAAUCCAGGGCUGGCUGUUACUUCAUUGCAAACAUUUGCUUCCAAUCCGGCCGUUCCUCCCCACAUUCUUGCCCAGGCGUUUCAGAUUAGUGAGAAGGAUGUGCGUAAGAUUAGAAAGAAACUUGGGGGCAGUGGAGGCUAUGGUAAGUGA